CCAGAAGGCUCCGGGCCAUUCACAAAGCGCAGCGCUUCUCGGGCAUGCGCAGUGGGCACCCGGCUGUCACAGAAGCCGCCGCGGGAAGAAGGAAAGACAACUCCGCGGAAGUGGGAGCGGGCACCUGUCAAAUUCAGGUCCCUGCUCCCCCUCCCUCCCCAAAGGUCCGCAGUCUCUGGUAAUCUCUUUUACUUCUCUGGUCAUCUCCUGUACUGUGUCCGCAGUCUCUGGUCAUCUCCUGUACUGUGUCCGCAGUCUCUGAUCAUCUCCUGUACUGUGUCCGCAGUCCAUUGGUUCAGAAUAUUUUUUUUUAUUGUUUUUCU